AUCCCCCCCCCCCAAAUUCCUAACAUCCAUCUUCCCUCCUCUCCUCGCGGGCCUUUAAUGGUUCCCCCGUGGCCAACUCUCGUUACCGCAAUUCACUACAUUCUACCUACACAAUAGCUCAAUCUACAACCCUUAGCGCCUUUGCCUGGACCCUGGCCCGCAAAAGUGAAGAAGAGCUGCAUUUUACUCCAGUCCCAACCACACUUAUGGAUCACAUCGACCACCCUCGAUUCGCGGAGGCCGACUCACGCAAUAUCUAACCUACAGGUUGACGGGGGUCGAAGUUCAACCUUCCAAAUAAGCAAUGGCAGCGCCAGAGGUGUUGCAAAAGUGGAAGUACGCCCAGCAGGUAGAGAAGCAGCUGCAGGGCGAACUGAAGAAUAAGGAUCAUCUCCCUCGAUUUGGGGACAUCGACAAUCUCAUAAAAGAGUUGCGGAUUGCUUGCGAAGCCACCAUUUUCCUCGACUUCGAAUAUGCUACCAAAGAGGGCGUAGAGACCCACCUAUGGGCCGCGCAUAGCAUCAUCAAGGAUCGCUACAAGAGAUUGGUCGCGCACUAUCGAGAGAAGGAACCGAAAAAGCAUGUCGAGAGACGCAAGCUGGAGCAGCGUUAUGCUGAUUUUAUCAAGACCACCCAGUACUUCUAUAGGGGUUAUAUUCAGCGUCUUGCAUCGCACUUCUCUGGUAUGAAGGGACUGCGCCGAAUUGCCCAUCGACUUUCUCUUGAUUCCCUUACAGUUGAUGAGCGAGUCCAAGUUUCACCGAAGAUCGAGGAUCUUAUCGAAAAAUCCUGCCACGCAACACUUCUCCGCCUGGGCGACUUAUCUCGCUAUCGUAACGAACUCAGGACGAAGGACCGUAGCUGGGAACCUGCUCUGGGAUAUUAUGGCUUGGCGGGUGACCUGUGCCCCGACUCUGGAAGCUCUCACAACCAAAUGGCUGUCAUUUCUCUGGCCGAUGCAAAUUACCUGGAUGCUCUAUACCACCUUUACCGCGCUAUCGCCGUAAAGGAGCCUCAUCCUCUUGCUCAAGGUAAUCUUGAGUUACAAUUGAAGAAGAUCACGACUGCUUGGGAGAAAAGGAAGGGUCCGAACACAAAAGGAGAUAACGAAGCCACUUUGGUGCUGUGGUUUGUUCGACUUCAUGCUCGAUUUUACGCCGGACUUGAGUUUUCUGGUCAUGACGAGCUCGAAAAUGAAGUUCUGUCCCGCUUGACACUUUUGCUGAAGGAGCAGCCAUUCGAGACCACAUUACAGAAAAUUGUUCUCAUCAAUAUUGCUGCUGAAUAUUUUGCUGGUGAGAGAGUCAAGCAGGAAGGCUCUGAGGUUAGAGCUAAGAAUGCUGAUUCAUUCUACUUCUUUCUGUGCCUUAAUGUUCGGGUCCUUUCCGUUCUUCUUCAAACCCUUGGACCCGAACUUGAAGUACAAGGAACCGGCGAGGAGCUUCCCAAUGGGAAAAAAGGACCACAACCAGAGCGAUCAACCGAAAAGCUCGCGGCCGUCGCACGCAGAAUCUUACCGGCUCUCCGCCAGUACAGCAUUUGGCUUGUUUCUCGUGCACUGAUAAUUAUUGCUACUGAUCGUUCCAUCGGUCCAUACAUCAAGCAGAUGUGGAGCAUAUAUGCCGAUGUCCUGACGAAACUUCUCCGCUUCUUUCCCGUCAAGGAAUUACCCACCUUAAACUACCUGCUAGAAGAGGACGAGAUCACCGUUGGCUUCAAGCCAUUUCGCGAUCCCAACCUUGCUCCUGAGAGCAACUUAUACACUGGCGAGGAUGGGUUGUUGAAACCCAGAAGCACUGAUUCUGAGGUCGAGCGAAACCACCCAAACAUUGAAAUGAAAGCGCGAGUCCGCGAUAUACUUGUUUGCGCCUUGUGUCUGACAAGGGUAGAAAAGUCUCCGAUUGUGCUCAAUUCUAGCACAUACGAGUUUACAUUUGUCGAGGAAGGUCCACAGCUUGCUAGCCAGAUCCAAAGGGAUGGAACCGAUUCUGCCCGUACAAGUCCUAGGCCUGUCGGGAAUAAUUUCAAGGCGCCGAAAACCUCCAACUCCACUCGCCAAACGCCAGACGUUAUCCGCGCCGAAAGCCCGGCAGCGUCUGACUAUCCUCAGGGUAUGGAUACAGACAUGCAUCGUAUGGUUGACAGUCUUCUUGAGCCUUCGGAUGGAAGAUAUUCCGAAAGCGACGAGACAUCUUAUGGGAUGCAUAGCCAGACGGCAAACGAGAUUUUUGCAUCAGUCGGUCAAAAUGGUUAUCAGCUUCCCCAUCGUAGCACGCAAAAUAUGCUGCCCAGUUUACCGGGGAUCUGGAGCUCGCCAUUUACACCACAACCCAAUGAAUUGCCGGCCAAAAGUCAUGAGCAUCCAACUAGCACACGUCAACUUUCGCCAUUCCAGCUUGCGACCACUCGACAACAGUUUGCUGCAGCGGUGGCUCUCGAUGAGAUGACUGGUUACAGCAGGCCGAAGAACAAUUCUUGGAGUACAGAAAGCUCUAGACGCUCGUCUAACAUGAGAACGAACACGGUCAAUCAGAACACCGUCAAUCGCGUUCUACAGGAAUCUCUUGCCCAACAGUUCAUGCCAAAGUCAUCAUCUAUGUUCUCUGAGUCUAGCAGUAUUUACGCCAACACCCCGCAUGAUAGAAAUAUCUCAAACGGUGGAACCUUGAGUAAUGUCAUGUAUGCCGCCAGCAACGGCAACAAUACCACAGCAUAUGCUGGUGCAAGCGACUUCGACAGAGCCACCAUGUUGCAGAGCUCUAUUUGGAACAACAGUCAGCCUAGCUGGGGUGGUUAUGCUCAGACUCCACCGAGAGGACAGGGUGGCUGAGUAGCUUGACCGAGGUGCUUCGCAUGCAACAUUUAAGACGCAGCCCUUAAUCAACGUGGCAGCAUGGGAAUCUAUCCUUACCACAAGGGGUGAAUCACUCUUUCAACCCUGGGUGAUGUUACUGUCACUCAGAUAGGAUCAGUCUACCUCCGUGGAACCUUUCACUGGUUGAACUUCACACAAAGCAAGACCGGAACUUAGAAAUCCUCUCUUGGAAGUGUGUUGAAUGGACUUUUCGGUUUCUAACGCUAAUAUGCUCUAUGCUGCGAUCGUGGAGGAUCAUUCAUGGUCAUCU